GCUGGGUGCGGUGAGGGUGGGUAUAAAAGGGUCAGUAUAUAUUGAAAGGAUUAGAGAAAUAGAAGCCAGGAGAGUGAGAAGAAGGAGAGGAAGGAGGCGUAAACAGUGAGGACAAGAGAGAGACCAAAGCGGCAGGACAGAGAAAGAGAGAGGGAGAGAGAAAGGGAGAAAGGGUUCCAGGGUUGGAGGGGAGAAAGAGCGAGGGAGGCAGAGGGGAGAGCGAGGGAGGGAGGAAGGCGGCGAGAGAGGCGGGGGCCGAGAGAGGGUGGAAGGAGGGAGAAGGGCGGGGCACAGAGGCCUGAGCGAGGGACCAGACUCCAACUCUGACUUUUUCCGCCGCUCUCGACCAGGGAAUCUGGACUCAGCCCCCUUCUCUGCCAGGAUUCAGGCAUCUCACCGGCCCUGUGCCAACUUCUUGAAGUGACCAUCCUCUACAUUCCCACCCAGGCUUCCACCGCGGCCAUGUCGCUCCUCUUACUGGUGGUCUCUGCCCUUCACAUCCUUAUUCUCAUCCUGCUUUUUGUGGCCACUUUGGACAAGUCCUGGUGGACCCUCCCCGGGAAGGAGUCCCUGAAUCUCUGGUAUGACUGCACAUGGAACAAUGACAACAAAACGUGGGCCUGCAGUAACGUCAGCGAGAAUGGCUGGCUGAAGGCAGUGCAGAUCCUCAUGGUGCUUUCCCUCAUCCUCUGCUGUCUGUCCUUCAUCCUGUUCAUGUUCCAACUCUACACCAUGCGGCGAGGAGGGCUCUUCUACGCCACUGGCCUCUGCCAGCUUUGCACCAGCGUGGCAGUGUUUACCGGGGCGCUGAUCUACGCCAUUCACGCCAAGGAGAUCCUGGCAGAGCGCCCGUCGGGGGGCAGCUUCGGUUACUGCUUCGCCCUGGCCUGGGUGGCCUUCCCCCUCGCCCUGGCCAGCGGCAUUAUCUACAUUCACCUGCGGAAGCGGGAGUGAGGGCCGCGCGUCCCCUCACCUCCGCAGCCGGCUCCCAGCCCCGCAGCCUCUCCCCGAAGCCCCUGCCCUGGCUCCAGAAAAUAAAACCGUCUAACCGCCA